UUCCCUUGCAUCUCUCACUUUGCCUUUCCAUGCCCUUUUUAUUUUAGUACGUUUGUUCCCAAUAAAAAAUACAAUAGAGUCAAGGAAGUUGGGAAGAAAAGCUCCAUGGAAGCGGAGCUGUCGAUACAGACUUAUGGGCCUGGAAGUCAUAGGUUGGGGGCCUUGGAGCUGGAAGCUUUGGGACCAGGAUGGAUGCUACAUUUAGGGUUUGGGGCGCUUAACGUCAGCAUAUCAAGGAAGGAUGUAAUACGUUGGUCAUAUAAGGAAAUAAUCCAAUUGUAAUUGUACGGAACGUCUUUUUUAAAUUGGCUUGACUUGAAGUCAAAACGUUGAAGACAGAGACACCGAAAAGACAAGAGGCACAAACAAACUCCAGGAAUUCCAAUAAGAGAAGGCUCCUUCCAAGAUGUGAAGUAUGCUGAAGGAUUGCAGUUGCAAGAAGCUCUAGUGGCUUCGAUGCUCCCAGAACCGUCUCAGGGUUAUUCGACACUUAAUAUUGCUGCUAAUGCUGCAUCAUCAUCAUCAUCAGCGAGUUUUAAAGUAGAACAGGCAGAGGAAGCAGUGACAGCAGAAUCGGGCGAAUCUUCACUGAGUUUUUGUGAAAUUUGUGUGGAUAGAAAAGAAAGUGAUCAGAUGUUCACGAUUCAAAGUUGCGGCCACGUGUUCUGUAACGAAUGCAUUAGCAAACAUGUUGCAGCCAGACUUGAGUACAAUGUACACGGUAUCAGGUGCCCUGCAGUGAAUUGUGGGAGGGCGAUUGAGUUUGAUUCUUGUAGGUCUUUUAUGCCUAAAGAUGUAUUGGAAAAGUGGGAUGAGAUGCUUUGUGAUGCAAUGGUUGAUGCAUCUCAGAAGUUUUAUUGUCCUUUUAAGGAUUGUUCGGCGAUGUUGGUGAGAGAUAGCGAUGAAGUUAUUAGGGAAUCCGAGUGUCCUGUUUGUCGGAGAUUGUUUUGUGCUCGAUGUUAUGUGCCGUGGCAUCCUGGGGUUGAUUGUGAAGAGUUCCACAGGAUGAAUGAGGAUGAAAGAGGGAGGGAAGAUCUUAUGCUGAGGGAGCUUGCCAAGGCGAAAAGUUGGAACAGAUGUCCUAGAUGCAAAUACUACGUCGAAAGAAAUCAGGGCUGCAUACACAUGACUUGCAGGUGUGGAUUUCAAUUCUGCUAUACUUGCGGAGAACCUUGGAGUUCAGCUCACGGUGGUUGUUAGCAAAUAUAAUUUCUGCACCUCAGCACAAAUCAUAUGUAAAGUUUCAAUUUAGUUUGUCUGAAGACCAUUGAUUAUGGGGAAGCAUCUAUCGUACUAUCAACUCAAAAUUUGAGACUCUAGCGAAUGGACAACUAUAGUAGAAGUGCGCAAGUAAAGAAUGUACGCUGCCUAAAAAAACGGUUGCGAAUAUAAAAAAAUGGGUUGAGAAACAUGUUUAUGAUGUAAGCGAAAUAUUAUUUAAAAAAAUUUGGUUAUCCAAACACAUUCUUAUUUGGAUAGGAGUUUAUUUGGAUGAUUUAUUUGAGAUAA